CAACCCUUCCUUUUCAGCCAUAAAGCCAUUAAAUUCCAUUAUGGUGGCCAACCUGCGCCUCCUCUUUUCUCCCUCUUUCUUCUUCUCCUUCCCUGUUUUCUUAUUUAUUCUUGAGAUGAUGUUCUCUUAUUAUAUGUUAUGAUAGUAGUUCAGAGGGGAGGGAAGAGAGAAAGAGGGAGAGAGAGAGAGAUCAGGAGAGAUGUUGCAGAGAGCAGCGAGCAACGCGUAUUCAUGGUGGUGGGCGAGCCACAUCCGGACGAAGCAGUCCAAAUGGCUCCACAGCGACCUCCAAGAGAUGGAGGAUAAAGUGAAAUCCAUGCUCAAACUCAUUGAAGGGGAUGCUGAUUCCUUUGGUAAGAGGGCAGAGUUGUACUUCAAAAGUAGACCAGAACUUAUAAGCUUUGUGGAAGAGGCCUACAGGGCAUAUAGAGCAUUGGCCGAAAGAUAUGAUCACAUUUCAGGAGAACUGCACAAGGCCAACCACACCAUAGCAAAUGCUUUUCCUGACCAAGUCCAGUAUGCAAUGCUAGAGGAGGAGGAUGAUAAUUUUCCAAAAGCAAUUACCCCUAUUGAUGCCCGUAAAAUUCACAAGCCGACGGUGGAGAGCUUGAUGACCACAAGAAAAGAGGACCGAUCGGCCAUAAAGAAAACACAGCGUAGGAGUAUUACCUCUCAGAUUGACAAACAUAAGGCACAAGAAGAGAUAAAUAGGCUUCAGAAGGCAAUUCUGGUUCUGCAGACUGAGAGAGAAUUUAUCAAAAGCUCCUACGAGAGUGGAAUUGCCAAGUAUUGGGAAAUUGAGAAGCAGAUCACAGUGAUGCAUGAGGAAGUUUGUUGCUUGCAAGAUGAGUUUGAUACCAGUGCUGUCAUCGAAGAUAAUGAGGCUCGGGCCUUGAUGACAGCAACAGCUCUUAAAUCAUGUGAGGAUGCCAUAGUUAACUUGCAUGAACAGCGAAAGAAAUCUGUGGAGCAGGCAAGAAUAGAGUCAGGAAGAAUUAGGAUUGCUGAAGAGAAGCUGAAGGUCCAGAAGGGAGAGGAUGGUCGAUGUAAUUUGGAGACCAGAGCAACUGCUGACGGAAAUAAAGAGAUUAAUUUCAGCAUUGAGAACAUGGAGGAUGAAGUUUAUUCUCUGAAACAGGAGAGACUUGAGUUACAGAAGAUAUGUGAGAAAGUCCAGGAACAUUUUGAAGUGAAUUCUGAUACAUCUGUGGAGGAAAUUGUGGAGAAAAUAGACGAGAUCGUAAAUGAGAUCGUAAGCUUGGAACUUCAAGUUUCAUCACAGACGGCACAAAUAAAUAGAUUAAGUUCAGAAAACAACGAGCUUGAGAAAAACCUGCAGAGCUUGGAAGAAGAGAAGAUUGUUUUAAUUAAUGACUCAAAUGAAUUGAGUGAUAGAUUAAAGCAAGCAGAAGAGGAGUUGCUUAAAGUUCAGAUCCUGGAGAAAACUGUCCAAGAUGAAGAAACUACUCUUUUUGCGAAUUUUUCUGAUGCCUGUCAUAGCCUUAAUGUUAUCUCAGAGAAAUUGUUGUCUCCUAAACACCAGGAGCAGGUCAGUGUUACAAAUCCAUUCAGAGAGGAACAGAUUCCCCUUUAUAAUAUUGAACCACAGAGAGAGUGCAAAGAACAAGAAGUUGCACAAAGUCAAGACACAAAAGAAAAUUCGGUUAAAGAGGAGACUCAUGGGAUUCAGGAACUUGGUCACAACAUAAAAGAUCUUGACCAAUCAAUGGCAGGCUCUGAGCUUGAAAACAAUUCAAAAAGGAUCCAUGACUCAAAACAGGAAGAUAAGAAAGAGUCAUCACAAGUGGAUGCUUGCAUUCAAGUAGAAGUACAAACGCUACCCGGAGAGCAGGAAGAUACUCUAGACUUGCAACAAUUACUUUUAAACAGACUCGAAGAUAGAGAAAAAAUUUUAUUAGCCGAGUACACUUCAAUCCUCCGAAACUACAAAGAAGCAAAAAAGAGGCUCUCAGAAGUAGAGAAAAAGAACCAAGAAUAUGUUUGUGAGACAAUGGCAAUCAUAAGGGAAUUGACAAAUGCCAAUGCCAUGAAGGAGGAGGAGAUUCAAUCACUUCGACAGCACCUGGGCUCUUCAAAAAGGAGUUCUAAUGGGCCCGCUGAUGCUAAUUCCGCUGAAGCUGAAGACUCAUGUCAUGGUCACCGCAGGCUCAAAAGCUUAUUACACCUCCCAAUAUUAACGAUAGGGAAUUCAAACCUGCCAAAUUCUGAAAAUCCAAUAGUAAAUGUGCAAUCCAUUGCUAAAGUAGAUACAUCAACCGAAUCUGCGGACAGAGGAAAUCCUCAUGUAGAAGACAUCAAGCUACAGCACACUGAUGAACUGCAAAGAACUUCAUCCAUUGAAGAAAAAUUCAGAAGGGACAUUGACACACUGUUAGAGGAGAACUUAGAUUUCUGGUUGAAGUUUAGCACCUCAUUCCAUCGCAUACAAGAAUUCCAAACCACACUGAAGGACGUACAAUCUGAAAUGGAGAAGCUGAAAGACAGUAAGUUGCAAGAGGGAAUUAACAGUACUGUGACUGACCAGGUUGUGAGAGCUGAGUCUGCGCCAAUUGACAGGAAGCUGAGAGCAUUGAAGACUGAACUUCAAGUAUGGUUGGAACGGAAUGCACUGCUUAGGGGGGAGCUUCAGUGUAGGCUCGCGUCUCUUUGUGACAUACAAGAGGAGAUAACAGAAGUUCUGAAGGAAAGUUCAGAAUGUGAAGGAGCCCAGUUUACUCCUUAUCAGGCGGCAAAGUUUCAAGGGGAGGUGCUGAACAUGCGACAUGAGAAUAGCAAGGUAGCAAAUGAACUGCAGGCGGGACUUGAUCAUGUCAGGGGGCUUCAAGCCAAAAUAGAGAAGGCUUUGUCGAAGCUACAUGAGGAUUUUGAUCUCUCCAGAUCUAAAAGUAGCCAACAUCCCCACUUCCGGAAUCUUUCAACUAGGACUAGAAUACCAUUGAGGUCCUUUCUUUUUGGUACCAAACCUAAAAGGACAUCAAUAUUUUCAUGCAUGAAUCCAGGAUUUCAUAAACAGUACAGUGAUCUUAGACCUGGCUUUCCUAGGUAGACCGAACAGAGGUUGUUCCUUCUUUCCCUGAUAGUUUCAUGACUUCAAAGAAGUUUUUGUUCUUCUGUGUAUUAUGAGAUAAUUUAUAAGACUUACUUUGAACAGAUUUCUUCUUAAGUGGGGAGGUGGUAGCUUCAUCCUGCCAUCUGUUGGUAGUGGGCUUUGAGUUCAUGAAGUGCUCGGCAUGUUGCCACUGUAUCUGAUCCUAUCACUGACAUUCUCUAUUAUCAGCUGUUAUUCUAGUACAAGGCUUGCAUCUGGUUUCAUGGGUGGGCCUUGGCUCCUUAGAGGAAACUGGAAGGUGUGUGAGGUUCACAUUUUGCCCUCCAUUAACUUACCAAACUUGGUGUAUUUUAAACUGCGAGCUCAUUUGCUUUCUUGGUUUGAAGCUUGUAUAUUUUUGUGAUAUGAAAAUGUAGUUUGGCAUUUA